CCGAGGUCUACCGGAACAACCCGCUCGGGCUCGUCAGCUUGAGUUAGCGGGGAUUGUCAACAUUUGGAGCCGCUAAAGUCCGGAGGACCUCGAUCAGCUGAUCCAGCAGCAUUAACCGGGACGUUUUCAACAAAAAUGGCUAAUGUUACAGACCUGCAGACCAAAUACAGCAAGCUGGCGCAGGAGUUCUCCAAGCUCCGUGCCCAGAACCAAGUGCUGAAGAAGGCCGUAGUGGAUGAACAGGCUAACUCUCUCUCUAUGAAGGAGCAGCUGAAGCUGAGGGACCAGAGCCUGAGGAAGCAGGAGCAGGAGAUGGACAGUCUCAGCUUCAGGAACCAACAGCUGGCCAAGCGGGUGGAGCUGCUGCAAGAGGAGCUCGCUGCCAGUGAAGCCAAGGGCAGAAAGGGAAAGAGUAAAGGAGACUCUCCUUCACAGCACGGCCUACAGACCCAGAGUGUUUUUGAUGAGGAUCUUCAAAAAAAGAUAGAAGAAAAUGAGCGACUUCAUAUUCAAUUUUAUGAAGCAGAUGAGCUGCACAAAAGGGAGGAGGCUGAGCUGAAGUCCCGACUAGAGGAGCUGGAGCGAAACGCCGAGCAGAGCCAGGCGGUUGUGGACGGACUUACUGCAAAGUACAUGGAAACAAUUGAGCGGCUGCAGGGUGACAAAGCACGUUUAGAGGUGAAAGCACAGACUCUGGAAAGGGAAUCAAAGGACUGUAGAAUACGAACAGAAGAGUGUCAACAGCAGUUGAGACGGUGCCAGUCGGACUUGAACAGACAGGUGAAGCAAAGCAGCAGCGUAAUCCAGGAGAAAGUGCCCUUCAACGACACCAAAUUUAGUGACUACAACAGUUUAAAUGUGCCAUCCCACAAUCGUAGGCACCAGCUUAAGGCCCGGGACAUUGCCAGCCAGGCCCUGAGCUUCAUCCAGGACCUGGUGGCUGCUCUGCUCAACUUCCACUCCUACACCGAGCAGAGGGUUCACAUCUUCCCCCUGGAUUCCUCUAUUGAACCCAUCUCUCCUCUAAACCAGAAGUUCUCUCAGUAUCUCCACGAGAACGCUGCAUAUGUGCGCCCCCUGGAGGACAGCUUUCUGCAGUUAUACCAAAGCAUCACAGAAGAUACAGUCACAGCACUGGAGACUGUGGUGAAGCUGAAGAGUUUUGCUGAGAAUUUCUUCUCAUACACCCACUAUCUGCAGAAGAUUCUUCCCUACCAACUGAAAAGCCUGGAAGAAGAGUGUGAGGCACCUCUUUGCACCGCUGCCCUUACUGCAAAAAACCAGGAGUUACAGAGUGACAUGAAGAAAGUCACGUCUGUCUUUGAGAAACUGCAGAACUACAUUAACCUUUUGGCCUUACCCAGUGUUCGGCAGGAUGCCAUGCCGCAGACCAGCACGUCGGCGGUCUUCACCCAGCUGGCCGCCUGCCUGCACAGUCUUCAUGAUGCCAUUAAAGUGUUGUCAAAGCAUUACAACCAGAAGGCCAGCAUCGAGCAGGAGCUGCCCACCAUCACCCAGAAGCUCUGUACCACCACAGAGUGCCUCCUCGGAUCUUUGGGUUCCCUCACCAGCAUCACUGGCAAGAUUGCCACUUUUUUCAGCAACAACUUGGACUUCUUCACACUGUCGGGUUACAGUCCAAGAGGCGGAACGGUAACCCUCAACCCCUUGCAAGCAGAGAGUAUGCUUGAGAACAAAAAGAAAGCAGCUGCCUAUGUCCAUGCUGUCAAAAAGGUCAGGUCACAGUCGGUUCCGUACAACGAAGCCCUCUCAAAUCGCCGUGUUCUCACCAGCUCCACUGAGAGCCGAGAGGGGCUCACGCAGCAGGUGCACCAGAGCCAGGAGAAGAUUGCUCGGCUGGAGCAGGAGAAGGAGCACUGGCUGCUCGAGGCCCAGCUGGGGAAGGUGCGGCUGGAAAAGGAGAACCAACGCAUCUCAGACCUGGAAGUGCAGCUCGCAGCCGCUCUGGGGGGAAGUCCAGAUUCAAAAAGUGUCCCGGCCAGCAUGGUCACCCAAAGUCACACAGAAGAAGAGACAGAGCAGAGAGCCGAGGGGAAAGAGAUGACUCUGUGCAACAGCCUGGUUGGCAUGUUGUGCACAACACCUACAGUUGAUCAUGUGGGAGACGACGAGACCCGGGAGCAGCUGAUAAAGACUCACUACAUGUCCAGAGUGGGAGAGCUCACCACCCAGCUCCAGAUUUCAGAUAGCAAAGCUGUGCACUUUCACUCUGAGUGUCGAGCUUUGGCAAAGAGAUUAGCCAUCGCGGAGAAGUCACGAGAGGCUCUAAGUGAAGAGGUCAAACUGGCUAAUCAGAACAUCACACGCUUGCAGGACGAGCUGGCUACGACUAAAAGGAGUUACGAGGACCAGCUAAGCAUGAUGAGCGACCAUCUGUGUAGUAUGAAUGAGACUUUGAGCAAGCAGAGAGAGGAAAUCGACACGCUUAAACUGGGCAGCAAGGUAAAUGCCAAAAAGAACAAGGGCCGCUAGAGCUGCCCUCAGAGCUUGGACACUCGGCGAGGACCUGUAAGUGGAGCAUCAUGUCUCCAAACUACAAGAAGGCUACAGCCAAUACAAAGAAAAAACUGGAUGCUUGAACAACUUUGACUUCAAAAAAAAAAAGACACUGUUUCUCUCUUUCUUGUUGCAACAUCUGUUAAAAUAUAACACAAUUUGUUAAAAAUGGUUUCUGAAAUUCUUAUAGUAGUUUCAGCAUGACUUCUUGGUCAAAGCACAGUUGGAGAGAAAAAGCCCCACCCCCCCCCUCAAAAAAAUAAGAAGAAAAGGGCAGAGAAAAUGAAGAGCUGCAACAGUUGAAGUUGUAAUACUUCCUAUAAUUAAGACUUGAAGACCAAACCCUGUUAAUGUGUGUUUUCUAACUUAGUGUGUGACUGAAAAUCAAACGUCGUACUCUCACUUAUCCGAGUAGUCAAACAGAGUAAACACUGGUGCGGCUCAAUGUGUGCAGAGUUGUUGUCUCAUUGUCUGAAUGUGUCACCACACUUUAAAGAAAAAAAUAUAUAUAUAUUAUAUUGUUUUACAAUUUUUUUGUUGUUUGUUUUUUUACUAGAUUGAGAAUAUGUGUGCAAGUGGUUCCAGGGGACCUGUAAAUCUACACCAUAAUAUCCCUUCUAACACAUGCAGAUGUCACAAGCUUCUCGCGUGAAGGGCUUUAAAAUCUGAAUGAUCAACAAACAAAGACUUGAAUUCAUCGCUCAUUUUUGAAAACGUGUUCAGUCGUCUGGGAGUGGAAAAAAGAAAAGAUCCCUGCAUUGAAGCACUGAUUAACUAUGUUUACCUUCAUGGAAAGGGAUGGACAAGUUGAAGCUUGUGAAAACUGUCUGUUUUGGGGAAGUUACUGUGUAACAAGCGUUUUGUUUCAUAUCACCAAAGCAAGUAUGGAUGUGACUCAGCUUUCAACUAAUGUGAUAUAUAUGGAUAAAAAAAAAAGGUUUACGUGAAUAUACACUUAUUUGUUAUCAUGAUGUUAAAAAUUAUGUAUAUUAAACAUAUGCAGUUAU